AUGGGAGGAACACACUCAGACAUGAUCCUGCGACGCUCAUCGCCACGAUGCGGUUCGAUGACAUCAAACCCCGAGUACUUUAUUACUACACCACUCGAGUCAAUUGUCGAAAGUAGAUACAUUAUCCCCAAAAUUUCAAAGCGGCAUUCCACCAACUCGACUUCUAAUGACACACAAGAAGAUGGAACAUCAUCAUCUUCAGAUUCACCAAGAGAAGGCAAACGGUCGGUGUCUGAAACCAGAAAGGGGAUGUCACCCUUCAUAAAACUCACUCAAAGAAAAAGAAGAAACAAAGUGUCACUUGAUGAAUCUUUCUCGGCUAGUUUGAAAGUAGAUGACUCACUAAAGGAGCAGAAUAUCUUAUACAACAAUCUCUUGCUGAAAACAGAAACAAGCAAAAUGGAGAUUCUCUUUGAUUCUAAUGUCGACGGCUUUGACGAGCGUGCACUUAAAAGCGCCAUCUGUUGUAAAGACAAGCUGGUGUUUCUCUUCAAGUCCGGCAACGAGUCGUUUGGGUUUUACAACAGCGAUAUGGUUCCCGUAGCAAGUGGUGAAGAGACUCUGCAAGUUGACUCCAAAACCAUGUUUCUUUUCUCCUUCAAAAAUGACGGGAAAACACCCGAAAUUUUUAACAAGAAGUCCAAGUCGAUGAAAAGCUUUUCAGUCUUUUCUGGCUCGAACCCGAUCAUUCUUUCUUGCUUUUCUUCGUUCUGGAUGGAGAAGAGUGGAAUAGUUUCCUUCAAUCCAUGUGUAAAACAGAUGUUUUUAAUGAACAAAAAGGCGUUCAACCCAUUUUUCGGGAUGUCUUUGAAUGAAAAAUGGAUUUGCAAACACUUCCUUGUAUUUCGCUGUUUAAAUUAA